AUGGCAAAUGAAGUUAAUGCUGAAAACGACGCGGCAGAUGUUGACAUUUGCCGUGUAUGCCGAUGUGAAGGCGCAGUCGAUCGACCACUCUUCUAUCCAUGUUUAUGUCACGGAAGUAUCCGAUACGUUCAUGAUGAUUGUUUAAUUCAAUGGUUAAAAGUAUCACGAAAAGAGGAGUGUGAAUUAUGUGGAACAAAAUUUCGAUUUACCCCUAUUUAUCAUCCAUCCAUGCCACCCGGUCGCUUACCAUUGAAAGAUUUGAUCAAUGGUUUAUUGCGUACUUUCUUUAAAGCAUUAAGAUAUUGGCUACAUUAUCUUAUUGUUGCUUUUUGUUGGCUUGGUGUUGUGCCUAUAUCAGCCAGUCGUAUAUAUCGAUGUCUUUUUGCUGGAUCAAUAUCCUCGAUUCUUACACUACCAUAUGAUAUUGUUUCGACAGAUAAUUUAUUUACUGAUGUGCUGCAAGGUGGUUUAGUUGUUUUUUGUUCACUUGGUGCUUUUAUCUGUUUACUUUGGCUGAGAGAACAAAUUCUUAGUGGUGGUGGACCAGCUUGGCUUCAACCAGCAGAACCGGAGCCAGCUCGACAGUUAGCAGUAGUACCACCUGUUAAUUUUGUUCUACCGAUAGCACCAAUCGAAGACUUGCCUCUUCUGAAUCCUGCGCCGGCACUUCCUGUCCUGCUACCUCAACCCCUUGCUCCUAACAAUGUUGAACCACCAGUAGCUCAAAAUCAACCUGAGCACGAAGAAGGUGCUUUCGUUGAUGCUGUCAAUGAUGAAGACGAUGAAAAUGAUGACGAUGAUGAAGACGAACAGGCAAAUUUAGUUGCUCAACCAGCUGGUAUCGUCGAAAAUGCACAAAAUCAAGAAAAUAACCAUAACUGGAUGGAUUGGGAUCGAGCUGCUGAUGAUUUAACAUGGGAACGAUUAUUAGGCCUUGAUGGUUCGUUACAAUUUCUAGAACAUGUAUUUUGGGUUGUCACACUUAACACACUAUUUAUUCUUAUAUUUGCAUAUGCACCUUUUCAUAUUGGUAAAAUCAUAACAGCAAGUAAAAAUUUUCAACAAGCUGUUACCGAUACACGUUUUGAAACUGCAAUCAAUACUUUAACAACUUAUGGUUGCGUAAAUGCUUUAAUUGGUUAUAUUUUCAUAUCAUUUUUUCUUUUAAUAUCAUUUACAAUAUUGAGUUUUGUUAAUUAUUUAACACGUAUACGUCGUCUCGUUGGUCUUGCUUAUAUCGUAUUAAAAGUCGCAUUACUUAUUGUCCUAGAAAUUCUUCUCUUUCCAUUCAUAUGCGGAAUAUGGCUUGAUGUAUGCUCAUUAAGAAUAUUAAAUGAACGUACAAUAACACUGAAUGAUCGUCUAACACAAUUUCAAACAAGCCCAGGAACAAGUACAUUUUUACAUUGGCUAUGUGGAAUGGUAUUUGUUUUCUAUUUUGCAACAUUUAUAUUUCUACUACGUGAAGUUUUACGGCCUGGCGCCUUGUGGUUUUUAAAAUCUAUCAAUGAUCUCGAUUUUAAUCCUAUACAAGAAAUGAUUCAAUUACCACUUGCACUGCAUUUAAGACGUUUUAUAUCAUCAAUAAUAAUAUUCGGUUGUGUAAUUAUUUUAAUGUUCUAUGUUCCUGGUGAAUUAUUAAUACGUUGUAUACCGAAAUUUUUACCAUUUAAUGUUAAAGGAAGUCUUGAAACAGUUGUUAGCGAAUUAAUGAUAGAAUUUAUUUUAUUACAAGGAAUAUUACCAACAUUACUUGAACAAGGACAUACACGUACUAUGCUUAAAUAUUUGCUUCAAUUGUGGGUUGAAUUGGCAUCAUGGAUAUUAGGCUUGCGGUCUUUUCUUUUGGGUGAUACACCAUCACUGACUAUAACGAAUGCACCACAAGUUGAUCAAAAUGAUAACGUUUUACCAAUGCCAAUAGUUGCUAUUCCUGAUCAACCUCAAAAUGACCCAGUGGAACAAGCACCACCUGUACAAAUAUUACCAGCACCAGCACCAGCACCAGCACAAUUAGCAUUAUCUCAACCAUUUAUUGAACCAUCAUUUUUUCGUCUUCGCCUAGCAGGUCUUUGUUUAUUUACUUGUUUAUCAUUGGCAUUCCUUUCAGUCCUUGGUUUAACUAUACCGGCAACUAUUGGUCGUUUUCUUCUUGGUUUUAUAACAGGUUCAGCAAGAUUACAUGAAUUAUAUACAAUACUUACUGGUUUAUAUAUUCUUUGGCUUAUAACACGUAUUAUAUUUUUCAUUCGAUCACUUCUACCAUUUGAUGUCAAUAAUAUCCUAACACGUCUAAAAUCUUACAGCAUUUUGUGUAUGCGUGUUUUACUUUGUACUUUUUGUGUUAUUGGUUAUGUUCCAUUUAUGAUUGGACUUGCUAGUGAAUUAGUUUUAAUUAUACCAUUGAGUACAUCCAUUGAACAAACAGCUGUACUUACACCAUUACGUGUUUGGAUUAUUGGUUUACUCAAUACAAAAAUUACGAUAGCACUUAUCAUGAGUGGUCCACAAUGGCGUCUAAAAACAGUUCUUGAACGUCUCUAUCAAGAUGGAUUGCGUCGUAUAGAUUUUGCAUUCUUAAUUAAUGAAUUCCUAUUACCAUUUACACUUAAUAUUGGAAUGUUCAUGGCAUUUCCAUAUUUAGCUGUAUCACAUGUAGCACCAACAUUAUUUAAUCCUCAUGUUGUUCAUCGAUUAGAACGCUAUAUAUAUUCAGCUAUAAUAUCACUUAUGCUUCUGCUAGCAUUUGUUAUAUUUCAAAUCAAACAACUUCGUCUAUUAUUUGAACAUGUACGUGAUGAAAAAUAUUUGGUUGGUCGCCGUUUAAAUAAUUUUGAAAGAUGA